ACAUGUAAUAAAAAGCAACAGUUAUAGUUAAUGUAAGAUUUGGUAAGUACUUCUCUCAUCAUAAAUGUUCCAAGAUAAAAAGCUAAAACAACAAAGAAAAAAAAGAAAGAAAACAAGAGAUCCACCUCGAACUCCUCUCCUCACCAUCUCUUUCUCAAUCAUCAGAUACAUAAAAUGAGAGAAGACGAAUCCGACUGGUUCUCAAGAUGGGAACAAGACCUCCCCUCUCCCGACGAACUCAUCCCUCUAUCUCAAUCCCUCAUCUCUCCCGAUCUCGCUCUCGCCUUCGACAUCCGACCUCAACCUCAACCCAACUCCUCCGCUGAAUUCGCGGCGGAUUCAUCAGAUCUAGCCGAGCCAGCACGGACCUUAAAACGUCCUCGCCUCGUGUGGACGCCGCAGCUACACAAACGCUUCGUCGACGCGGUGGCCCAUCUCGGGAUCAAGAACGCGGUUCCCAAAACGAUCAUGACGCUCAUGAGCGUCGACGGGCUAACACGAGAGAACGUCGCGAGUCAUCUCCAGAAGUAUAGGCUUUACUUGAAGAGGAUGCAGGGAGGAGGAGGUGGUGGUUCGGAUCCGGCGACGGAUCGUUUGUUUGCUAGCUCACCCGUGCCUGCUCAUUUUCUUCACCCCAACCGCUCUGACCAUUUCAUGCCGUCUUUUGUCCCUGUCGCAACGCUUCAACAGCAGCAACAAAUGGCUGCGGUUGCGGCUUCUCAUCUUCAACCGCCUCAGUUUCACCACCGUCAAAUCGCGGCUGCUCAUUUUGGAUCGCCGACGGGGAAUGGGAAGUUUGAUGCGUCGUUCUUGGCGAGGCAAACGCAGAGAAUGUCUACACCAACGUUGCAUAGUCCGGUUGGUAACUACGUUGAGGAUUUGGAAUCUGCAAACGCUGCUAAUGGAGGAAGAGCGGUGUUGACUUUAUUCCCAACUCGAGAUGAUUAAAAUUUGGAGUCGAAUAAACUGGUAAUAAGAAUACUUGAUCAAUGUAAGGCAGUUACUUAUGUGACCACUGACCAUCCAAUUUGAAUAAUUUAAAUGUAAUGUUCAAAAUGUAUUUGCAGUCUUCAAGAACAUUGAGACAAGUUAAAUUCAGUGUUUAUCAGUUUAACAUUGAUUUGUUGAUAGUUAAUACAAUCCGGCGUGUGUUCAUGUUCUGUGUGUUGAAGCUGUUCCCUUGUAGAUUCUACUUUAGAAUCAUUGUGAAGAUGAGCUCUUGUACAUUUACUACUGUCACACACUCCAGUUCGGAAAAAAAAAAGGAACCGAUCUUAAUUAGAAAGUUUAUUUCACAAUUUUCUUGCCUUUUGUUUCAUAUAUAGAUUUGUUCUUGUAGCAUUGAAUUCUCAUGAAAAGUACAUUGCAGUUACUAAAACUUUUCAUAGCUUUUUGUUUACUUUGCGUCAUCUUUAAGUUUUAG